CACCAUCAUCAUCAUCAUCUCCCGGAUUCCCUGAGAAAAUACCAGGUUCACAGAUUCACCGCUAGAAAAAACCAUCCGCCAAAAGAGAAGUGGGCUGGGGCUGAAACAGCACACGGGACACGUUUGUCUGCCCUUUGAGGGGUCUGCCAAAAAUUUUCCCUCCGGGCAAACUGGACUUACUACGAACGCGGAAAAACUCCCAGUGGCGAGAUGAUUAAUGACACUGGCCGAGGACUGGACACCCACCAGGGAAUCAGACGUGGUAAGACACACAUGGAAAAGCUUCGAUCCUGGUGAAAAUGAUCCCAAGGAGAAAUUUGGGGAGGAAGCAAACUUGUUUGCACUAUGUAGAAACUGACUAAGGCAUCGAAUCGUCCUCAGAGGCAUUUGCCUUGAAAAUACUUUCCAAGAUGAAAAUUUAUCAGGGUAGGUAUAAUUCUGAUGAAAACGCCUGUGUUCAUCAACACAGGGUCAGAGCGCUCACGGGGUCAAUGUGCAAAUCCAAGCCAGGAAGUCCUGCUCCGGGUGGAAGGUAAAACCUUCCCUUCAGGGAACCAGGGGCUCCGGCGGGCAUUGGAGGCAGGUUCUUGGCCUCUGCUGCCAUGUCCCCCAGUCCCCCCAGCCCGCAUUAAUGUCCUCUGGAAUAAGAGCCUGUGGCUGAAGCAGAGGGCCUUCUGGGAGAGCUCUCCAAGGUAUGGAAGGAGGGUCCCCCAGAAGGAGCUCCAGGGUAGCCCCACUGUGGCCCCCCUGGGCUCCACCAGCUUCGUGCUUCUCAGAUGCUACCCAGGGGCCGGCACAGGGAGACCGGGGCAGAUUUCUCCUGCACCAGGCUAUGGAGGUUUGGAGGGCUGCCUGAGCAGACCCUGUGCCAUGGCUGGGGCUGGGGAAAGAAUAUCUGAGACAAGGUUUGGGAGCAGUGCUCUUUACUACGUUUACCAAAUCGUCUGGGGCAGGGGCUGUGAGCCGCAGCAGUUGCUGGUGCCUUGUGGGAAGGUGGGGCAGGGAGGAGGCUGCCCGCCACCUCUGCCCCCAGUCACUUCCUGCUUGACCUGACUCUUCACAUGUGGCUGCUUAAUUCCUGCCCCCUCCCCCCAGCUGCUUCUCCUUUACUAACACACCUGCUACAUUUUACACAUGUGUUGGUAAGUGAGAAACAGAAAUGAAAAAUAAAUUAAAAUGCAGAAAUACAA